AUGUCUGGCUCAGCGUCUCAGUCAUCUUUCCAGACCCAAACAGCCCCUGGCUCGGCUCCAAACGGCCUAGGAAGAGGUCUCUUUGCCUCCAGUGACUUUCGCCCUAGUGAUAACGUCCUGCACAUCCAAAGUCCAUACGUCGCGGUGCUAGAUACACCACGACUUGCUGAUACCUGCUCUGGGUGUUUUGGGAAAAGACAACUUGAAGCCGAUCCCGAUAACAAGGUUGUGUUGAAGGCUUGUACGGGAUGCCAGGUCGUCAAGUAUUGCGAUGCGACUUGUCAGGCAAAGGAUUGGAAACUAGUUCAUUCUCGCGAAUGUCCAAUUUACAAGGGCUUGCACCCCAAAAUUCUCCCUAUCAAUGCCAGAGCAAUUAUGCGUAUGGUGUUGCGUAUCGGUGCGAAGAAGAAUGACUACACGCGAGAGGAACUAGAGUCGUUCCAGACUCUUGAGACUCAUAUUCGGGACAUACGUGAAGGAAAUCCGGAGCAGUGGGAACGCAUCUCUCUCACCUCGAAGGCUGUCAAACAGUAUUCACAAUCAGGUAUCGAAGAGGAGCUUCUGUCUGAUUUUGGUGCAAAGUUUGAUUUGAAUUCCUUUAACUUGACAAACGCACUCUACGACCGGAUUGGUCUGUACAUACACCCCUACGCAGCCCUGAUCAACCACAGCUGCGAAUACAAUGCUGUCGUGGGAUUCGACGGCCCAGAACUUUACAUCAAAGCCAUUCGGCCCAUCGCCAAAGAUGAGCAGAUAUUCAUAUCCUACGUCGACACCACAUAUCCCAAACGCAUCCGGCAGAAAGAGCUACGCGAGAGAUAUUUCUUCACCUGUCAAUGUGAGAAGUGCUCCAGCGAUGAAAGCCCCGAGCCGACUGGCGACGCAGGAGAGGUUUGCGAACACGCAUUUGCCCUGUUGCAAUCUGGCAAGGCAGGUGAUGAUAAACACAGGCUGUCAGUCACCUUGCAGGCGCUUAUUGCAUGCGCGAGCCCCAAAACAAAGCAACCAUUUGUCUCUAUCCUCGACGAACUAAUCGUGUCGGACAUUUCUGAAAACGGACUCAACCACGCGUUCUUGAACUGUGCGCUGCGGUUCUCGCGUAUCGACCCCGUGGCUUACCCUUAUGAAGGGCAUCCUAUUCGCGCCGUGCAUGCAUGGACAUUGGCGAAAGUGACACUCCAAAUCUCGCAGGAAUUCCCCGAGCUUACGUUUCCAGAGUUCGUCAAAGGUGGAUGGGAGGAUUUUCUUGGAGCUGGCGAAAUCAGUCUAGAUUAUGGAUUGCUUACUUGGACACUGCUGGCGGAGCUUGUGUCAAAGGAGGCGGAAUAUUGCACCGUUCCUGGGUUUAGGACCAUAGUGAGGAAGACUUUUGCGAACGUGCAUGAGGAGUUCAUGAAGCAUGGGCUGGAUCCGAGAAGCAUGAGGGACGAGAUUAGAGCGCAGUGGACUAAGCUUGGGAAGCUCAUCGGUGACUAUUUCCAGUGCGUGCUCCGUGACAACAGUUGA